AUGCAGUAUACUCCUGCUAAACAGUACUAUAACAGAGUUAGACUAAAUUAGAAGAAAAAAUUAACUUGCCUUGACUAUUUUAUUGAGGAAUGCAAUCUCAAUGGUGACGAAGAAUGCACUAUAAUGGAGAUAUACUGUUCCUAGUGCUACAUCUCAAAUAGAGUCUCAAAAGAAAUAAGACCCAUGAUUAGGUAUUUGUUAGCAGUUUCCCAAGCUUCUUAGUCAGAGCAAAGUGACAUAUUUGCGGUAAUUAUUAGAGUAUGCAGAGCCUUUAAAACUGGAAAAACUAGGACUAGUCUCUGCAAAUACAUUGACUAUUCGGGCUUUAACCACAGCGUCCAGAGACAGCUUACGGAGCAUGCAAUAAUCCAUACGAUUGACAAUAAGAUGUAGAAUAAAAAGAGGCUCUAAGUCUGA